CACUCCAUAGACAGCCCUAGAAGGCAGAACAUGAGGAGGGGGCCUCGUAGUGAACUUGACGCAUCUGGCGGCUGAGAGAGAGAAGAGUGAGCGGAGGAGAGCUGAGCAAAAUCCAAGAUGGCCUUCAUGUUAAAACAAAGCGCCCGAUGCCUCCCCACAGCAAGCAGGCUUGUGAUCAGGCCCAUCAGCUGCUCCUCCCACCUCCAGGCACCAGCUGUCCAGGCAAAAACCAAGAAGACGCUUGCAAAGCCAGGAGUGAAGAAUAUUGUUGUGGUUGAAGGCGUCCGUACCCCAUUCCUGCUCUCUGGCACCACGUAUUCAGAUCUGAUGCCCCAUGACCUUGCCAGGACAGCAUUGCAGGGUUUGCUGAAUCGGACCGGUAUUCCUAGGGAAGCUAUUGACUACAUUGUGUAUGGCACCGUCAUCCAGGAAGUGAAAACUAGCAAUGUUGCCCGCGAGGCUGCUCUUGGAGCUGGUUUCUCUGAUAGGACUCCCGCUCACACCGUCACCAUGGCAUGUAUCUCCUCCAACCAGGCCAUGACCACAGGUGUCGGAUUGAUUGCAUCAGGUCAGUGCGAUGUGGUGGUGGCCGGUGGCGUGGAGUUUAUGUCUGAUGUCCCUAUUCGUCAUAGCAGGAAAAUGAGGAAGGCCAUGCUAAGUCUUAACAAAGCCAAGACUCUAGGCCAGAAGCUUGCUCUGGCAUCCAGAAUCCGUCCUGACUACUUUGCCCCAGAGCUUCCAGCCGUUGCAGAGUUCUCUACCAGUGAGUCAAUGGGACACUCCGCAGACAGACUGGCCGCAGCGUUCGACGUGUCUCGGGUGGAACAGGACGAGUACGCCCUACGCUCACAUUUAAUGGCCAAGAAAGCCCAGGAUGCUGGACAUUUGUCAGACAUCAUCCCAUACAAAGUUCCAGGCAAAGAUACAGUGGAAAAAGACAAUGGAAUCCGGCCCUCCUCUAUGGAGCAAAUGGCAAAGCUGAAACCAGCUUUUGUAAAACCAUUUGGGACAGUGACUGCCGCCAAUUCCUCCUUCCUGACGGAUGGGGCUUCAGCUGUCUUGAUCAUGUCUGAGGAAAAAGCUCUGGCCAUGGGUUACAAGCCUAAAGCCUAUCUGCGUGACUUUGUCUAUGUCUCUCAGGACCCAAAAGAUCAACUUCUUCUUGGGCCAACCUACGCUACACCCAAAGUGCUUGAGAAAGCCGGUCUGACGUUAGCCGACAUCGAUGCCUUUGAGUUCCAUGAGGCCUUUGCUGGGCAGAUCCUGGCCAAUUUGAAAGCAAUGGAUUCUGACUGGUUUGCCCAGAAUUACAUGGGAAGGAAGACAAAGGUUGGCGCUCCUCUCCUGGAGAAGUUUAACACCUGGGGUGGAUCAUUAUCUCUCGGUCACCCUUUUGCCGCUACGGGUGUUCGGCUGGUGAUGGCAGCUGCUCACCGGCUGAAGAAGGAAGGAGGACAGUAUGGACUGGUAGCAGCGUGUGCUGCUGGAGGACAGGGUCAUGGAAUGAUUGUGGAGGCCUAUCCCCAAUAACCUGUAACUCGGUUUACUGUCCCAGCCUAUGCACCAGAGCAAUGCACUAAUAACAAAGAAUGUCUCCCUCCUGCACAGGAUAAUUUUGCCGCACUGUAAAUAUUUUUUUAGUUGCCUUGUCUGCGGUUUUCAAUACAAUACUGAUUUGUACUGAGCACCAAGCAAUUCCUACAACAUCGGAUUCAAUUACCUAAUGAUGGACGGGGCCUAUGUACGUACCCAUGGCCGUUCCUUGCUUUUCUAUGUCCUGCACAAGAAAACAGGAGUUGUUGAAAUACAGAAGAUGAAUUGUUGCUGAAUAAAACGGCUUUGAAAUGAGCUUCUGGAAAUAUGAACUGUGUCAGCGUCUCUGCAGGAAUUACAGAGUGUUAAGAAGUUUUGCAAAUUAAUAAAAAUUUAAUUUA